UUCACGUGGGCGCCCGUCGUCAUGGCGGCCGUGCGGAAGCCGGUGUUGCUCGGCCUUCGAGACGUUGCAGUGCGUGGCCGCCCCACAGGGCCCGGCGCCUGGACUGCCAGCAAGCUGGGCGGUCUUCCGGACGCCCUGCCCGCCGUAGCGGCGCCCAGGCCGGGGUGUGACCGUUGCAGGCAGCCGCUCGCCCUGGUCGUGCAGGUGUACUGCCCGCUGGAAGGCUCCCCGUUUCAUCGGCUCCUGCACGUGUUCGCCUGCCCCCGCCCCAGGUGCGGCAGCGGCGGGGCGCGCAGCUGGAAGGUGUUCCGCUCGCAGUGCCUGCAGGUGCGAGAGGAGGAGGCGCAGGACGCUCAGAAACAGGACAGUGGCCUGACAGCUGAGGAUUGGUGUGAAGGUGCUGAUGACUGGGGAAGUGACAGUGAGGAGGCGCCUCCACCACAGCUUCCCUUGGAUUUUGGAAAUGAUUCCAGCAGUGCCAAAGACAUAGACUGCACUGCCCAGCUCCAAGACCUCCGCUUGCAGGAUACUGUCCCAGGUGCUGCUCCUCCUGCGCCUCCUGCGGAAGGAAUGGCUUUGCCUUCUGUGGUGCCACAGUUCCUGCCCUACUACAUCUCUGUCGUCAAUGAGGAUGAUUACAGGGACUUUGUCAGUCUAGAUCAUGCUCAUAGCCUUCUGAGGGAGUAUCAACAGAGAGAAGGAAUUGAUAUGGAGCAGUUGCUUUCCCAAAGUCUUCCUAGUGAUGGUGAUGAAAAAUAUGAGACGACCAUAAUUAAAAGUGGAGAUAAGAUAUUUUACAAAUUCAUGAAGAGAAUUGCUGCUUGUCAGGAGCAGAUUUUAAGGUUGAAGGAGGAAUCCCAAUAUAGCACAUACUCAUUGCAGUAUCUCCUACUACGUCUUUGUUAAGUGAAGAACUGUUUUCCAGAAUCUCCUUGCCUCUGAAACUCCAUGUUAGAAUUGGCUAGAAGAGGAUUUUGCUUGAUGUCUUGCUAAGAUUUCAGUCGUUCAAUCGACAAACAUGUAUUGUGUGAGAUGCUUUUCAGAUUAUUUACUGCUUUCUCUAGUCACCAAGACUCCAGAAAGGUCGUGGCCCUGAUAGGCUCUGAGUGCAUCGCAGUGAGAGGUGAGACCUCUCCAGGGACUGGGACAUUGGCAGCGGCCAUUGUUGUGGCCUAGUGUGGGCAUGCUGACACAGACACCAUUGGAGUUCUCCCUGGGGCCUGCUAGCCCAGGGUCUGCCCCACUCACUCAGCAUCUGUAUAUCUUCUGUAGUGAAGUGUGUUUGCAUCCAUUUUAAAACACCUUUAUUGAGGUGCAGUUGACAUAGAACAAACUGCCCAGAUUUAAAAUGUACACUUUGCCAAGUUUUGACAUGUGUAUACACCCAUGAAACCAUUGCCAUAAUCAAGGUAAUAAACAUCUGUCACCCCACUAGAAGUUUCUUCAUACUCUUUUGUAAGUUCUCUCUCUUGCACUGUCCCAUGGCCCCUCCUCAUCCCCAGGCAACCAUUAAUCUUCUUGUCAUUUUUUUUUUUUUUUCAUGAAGAAGAUCAGCUCUGAGCUAACAUCCAUGCCAAUCCUCCUCUUUUUGCUGAGGAAGAAUGGCCCUGGGCUAACAUCCGUGGCCAUCUUCCUCCACUUUAUAUGGGACGCCACCACAGCAUGGCCUGACAAGCAGUGCAUUGGUACACCCCCAGGAUGCGAACCCGGGCCGCCAGCAGCGGAGCGCCGCACUUAACUGCUAUGCCACGGGGCCGGCCCCUAAUCUUCUUGUCAUUAUACCUUAGUACAUUUUCUAUAAAUUUAUAUAAAUGAAGUCAUACAGGAUAUACUUUUUUGCGGGGGGGGGGGCGUCUGGUUUCUUUUACUCAGUAUAAUUAUUUCAAGAUUCAUCCUUGUUGCAUGUAUCAAUAGUUCAUUCAUUUUUACUGCUGUGUAAUAUUCCAUUUUUUGGAUGGACUACAAUUUGUUUAUCCAUUCACCUGUUGAUGGAUAUUUAUUUCCAGUUUUUGGCUAUUAUAAAUAAAGCUUUUAUAAACAUUAGUGUAUAAGUCUUUGUAUGGACAUAUGCUUUCAUUUCUCUUGGGUAAAUAUCUAGGAUUGAAAUGGUUGGAUCUUGUGUAUAUGUUUAGCUUGAAGGACCAGCCAAACUGUUUUCUGAAGUGAUUAUACCAUUUACAUUCCCUUCAGCAGUGUAUAAGAGUUCUAGUUCCUCCACAUCCUUGCCAAUACUUGGUAUGGUCAUUGUUUAAUUUUAGCCAUUCUAGAAGAUGUGUAGUAGUAGUAUUUCCUUGUGGUUUUAUUUAUUUAUUUUUUCUCUCCCCAAAGCCCCUGUAUGUAGUUGUACAUUCUAGUUAUAAGUCCUUCUAGUUCUUCUACGUGAGCUGCCACCACAGCAUGGCUACUGACAGAUGAGGGGUAUGGUUCCAUGACCGGGAACUGAACCCAGGCUGCUGAAGCAGUGAGAGUGCUGAACUUGAACCACUAGGCCUUUGGGGCUAGCUCACCUUGUGGUUUUGAUUUGUAAAUAUUUCCUCCUUGGAAGGACAUUUCCUGUAAGGCCAGUAGUGUAGAGGGCUAAAUCCAUUUAAUCUGCAGUUGGGCUGAGUCUGGGCUUUGUUGCAGUUUUAUUUAGAUUCAGUUCAACUUUGGCUUUCGUGCCUUCCUCCAGACUCUGAAUCAAGCGCUGAGAAGAGUUCAGAUACCUUGCUCUGCUUUGCAGGCUUGCUGCUAGUUUUUGGGCCUUUCGAUUUUCUUUGUUCUCUGGUUUUGCUCCUGGUACUCUGCAAGAAAGAAGCAAAGUUUGUCAAGUCUUAGAUGUUGGAAUGUGACUUGUAUGUGGCCUUGCUUCAGGGUUCUUUGUUUCCUU